UGUUCUACUCUAGGAUUUCCCUUGUUCUACUCUAGGAUUCUAGGAUUUCCCUUAUUCUACUCUAGUAUUCUAGGAUUUUCUUUGUUCUACUUUAGGAUUUCCUUUGUUCUACUCGAGGAUUUCCCUUGUACUACUCUAGGAUUUCCCUUCUUCUACUCUAGGAUUUCCCUUGUACUACUCGAGGAUUUCCCUUGUUCUAAUCUAGGAUUUCCCUUGUUCCACUCUAUGAUUUCCCUUGUUCUACUCGAGGAUUUCCCUUGUUCUACUCUAGAAUUUCCCUUGUUCUACUCUAGGAUUUCCCUUGUUCCAAUCUAG